GCAAAAACAACUCUUUUUCCAUUGGAUCGUUUAUAAAGAAAAUGGAAAUGCAACAAGCAGCUUAGCUUCUUGGUUUUUAGGAGUGAAAGCUAUACUCACUCACCAAAGGCUUGCAAACAUUUCUGGAUAAAGCGCUGGCUGUCUUAUUCAUCUCUGUAUGGUCAAUCGUUGUGUUUCUGCAGGACCGAAGGAGCAGAUUGGUUAGUGAAGAAUGCUGUCAGAAGGGUACCUCAGUGGACUUGCCUACCAGAAUGACAUCCCCUGGAGCUAUGCAUCUUACAGUGAGAAGGUGGCUGAGGAAAAGGAAGAAGAGACAAAUUCUGCUGCUCUUUCCUAUUCCUCUGUGGAUGAAACACAGGUCAGAAGUCUCUACCUGAGCUGCAAAUCCUCUGGCAAGUUCAUUUCUUCACUGCACUCAAGAGAGAGUCAACACCGUAGAAACCAGAGAACGACAGUGCUACAGACAAAGUCCAAUCCUGUGUUUGAAAGCCCAAACUUGGCUGCAGUUGAAAUUUGUAGAGAUCCCAGCAGAGAGACCUACUUGGUUCCCCCUUCCUGCAAAAGUAUUUGCAAGAAUUACAAUGACUUACAUAUUGCAGGAGGCCAGGUGAUGGCCAUUAAUUCAGAGACAACAGAUUUUCCCUCCGAGACAAGUUUUGAAUAUGGCCCUUUGCUGAAAUCAUCUGAGAUUCCUUUGCCAAUGGAGGAUUCCAUAUCAACGCAGCCCAGUGAUUUUCCCCAAAAACCUAUUCAGCGAUAUUCAUCCUACUGGAGAAUAACCAGUAUCAAGGAAAAAAGCAGCCUGCAAAUACAGAAGCCUAUUUCUAAUGCUGUGCUGAAUGAAUACCUGGAACAGAAGGUGGUGGAGUUAUAUAAGCAGUAUAUUAUGGACACUGUAUUUCAUGACAAUUCCCCUACUCAGAUUCUGGCAUCUGAACUCAUCAUGACAAGUGUGGACCAAAUUAGUCUCCAAGUGUCUAGAGAGAAGAACCUGGAGGCCUCAAAAGCCAAGGAUAUAGUCAUUAACCGCCUAUUACAGUUGGCAUCCACUGAAAUCAGCACUCCUAGUCUCCAUAUUUCACAGUAUAGCAAUGUGAAUCCAUAGAGAGGAUGCUUCCAUUCCUCUUUCUCAACUACUCACAGCUAAAAGAACACUUCAUUCAUUUAUUCUGAGAAUGUGGAGGAGGAGUUUGGGAAGGAGUCAAGAGCUAGAGAAGUCAAUGUUGGCUGGAGGUCAGGUGUGAAUUAAGAGGAAAUCUCAUAUUACACAUGAUGAAAGAAUGUGGAAAGAGGUGCUAUAAAGAAUGAUUUCAAAGCAAGGGUUGUACAGCAACAAAGCAAAAAACAAAAAUGAUCCAAAAAAAGGAAAGGUAGGAUUCAUUUCAAGGAGUAUAGAAGUUGAAAAAGAAGACAAACCAAAGAAGAAGAGCACACAUCCUGGCAAAAGUAAAAAGCCAAAGGUUUCAGGGCAAUGCGUUAAGGAUAUGCUUGUUACUCAAAUAAAUUCCUCCAAAUUGAUUUUUUCAUGAGGGAAAUGAACUGUGGAAGGCUGGUAUGUUUGAAUAGAGACAAAGCUUCAAAAAGUUUCAAAAUAUAUUUAACUUUCCUUUCUAUUCUGUAUCACUAGAUCACUUAAAAUAUAUUCUUUAUAAACAUGAAAACAGUAGCAAAUUGCAAUUGUAUUUUUAGUUUUGAAUCAUUACUUAGCUAUGGCUAUAGCCACAAAGCACCCACUCAAAUCUCCUAAUUCUGUUUUCUAGUGGAGAUGAAGUUUCUAAGUGGAAAAUACCACACAGUGAAUGUUAAACUAUUUUGAUUUUGCUACGUAUGAUUUUCUUGGCGAUACAGAUUUAUGAAUCUUCUUUUCCCCAUAUUUUUCUCUUCCUUUUCUCUAUGCUUUCUUUACCCUUCUGGAGUGAGGAAGGGGUCUUCUGUAUCCUGAAAACAAGGUUACAAGGUCUAGGAUCCUUUGAUGCCAAAUUCCGUAAAUUCAUGCACCAAAAUGGUGGUUUUAUGAGGGUCACGCUACUCUAUCCCCUUCCUCUAGUGCAGAGAUUGGCAAACUAUGGCUAUUGGUCAAAUCUAGCCUGCCACCUUUUUUUCGGAGAUAGAAUUGGCAUAUAACAUAUUAGUUUCAGGUGUACAACAUGAUUUGCUGUUUGUAUAUUUGACAAAAUGGUCACCACAGUAAAUCUAGUUACAUCUCUUUUGAAAUCCCAUGAACUAAGAAUUUUAAAACAUUUAAAAAUGGAAAAACCAAUCAAAAUAAGACUAUUAUGUGACAUGAGAAAAUGAUGAUAUUCACAUUCAGUGUCCUUAAAAUAAGACUGUAUUAGAACACAGCCACACCCAUUCAUUUAUGUAUUUUCUAUGACUGCUUUCACACUAGAAUGGUAGAAUUGAGUAAACUUGACAGAACAGAUGGCCCACCAAACCCUAGCGUGCUAUCUGCCCUUUUAGAGAAGUUCCCCAAAGCUGCAUCACAGCAGUGCCUUGCUCAUAUAAUGGCUGCUUAACUUAAUUUGGCUUUACUGGAGAAGCUGACUGAAAUGGAGACUGGUGAGCAAGUUUAUUGGGGACUGUUGUGAACAACCUCUGUGGUGGAGUGAGGAAAGAAGAAGAGGUUUCCACCUUCAGAGAGCUCCGAAGUUGGGGUGGUCCUUCAAAAUAGAUCCAAAUGAAAAUUGGAGGGUUGGCUUUGGUUCUCCAGCUUAGGUAGGAGGCAUCACCUUAGCUGAGGCAGUUCAGUGGGGGGCAAAAUUCCCACAGUGGAAGUCAAGGGUGAGCCUUCUACAGCCAAGCUCUGAAAGCUGCUGGUGGAAUAAGUUUGUCAUCCAGAAGGAGGGACCUGUGGAGCCAAACAGCAUCCUCUACCUGUCUCAGCAUAUGUAUCUGUAAAGUGAAUGAUUUUUCUUUACAAUAUAUAAUAUUAUAUAAAGAAACCUGAUUACAUAAUAAUUCAGAAAUGUUAUUCACAAUUUUAAAUAUAUCAUAAUAAUAGCUGCUGUGUUUUAAUUACUUUCUAUGUGUCUGGCACCAUUUUUAGCAUUUUGUAUGGAUUAUCUUGUAUAAUUCUCAAAAUAACCUUAUGAGAGAGAGUGCCUUUUUUUUAAACAGAGGAGUCAGCUGGGUUCAGAGAAGUUAAGUAAUUUGUACAAAGAUACACAUUGGGUGGUGCAACUGGUAGAACUGGAUUUGAAAAUCCUGGUUCUUAACUACCACCACUUACUCUUGUGUUGACCACUGUGUUUAUCUCAUUAAAGACCAAAUUCUUUGUGUUUUUUACUCUUAGGGAAAAGAACUCAAUCUCAUGUUACUUCAUUUUUUCUUUAUAGUAUUUUGCUUGAUGAUAUUUAUUUGCAUAUCUUCUCCCCUCCAGAAGAUAAGCUUUGAUUUAUUUUUUUCCAUGUCUGAAACAGCACUUGCACAUAGUAGGCACCCAAUCAAUAUGUGUCAACUGGAUGAGUGGGUUUUGGUUAUGUUGGGUACUGUAUCUGGUGGUUGAAGUGCAAGACUAAAUUAUGAAAACCUGAUAAUUGUGACUAGAAAAGAACACUAUCGGGAGUUGCCCCUCCAGGAGAAAACUGACUGAAUAAAUGAGCUUAAUUUCUUAUAGCAAGUUAGUAAAUAGUAUACUAAAAUGCAUUAUAAUAAAAUAUUAUUGUGGAUAUUUUCCCUUUUGCUUACUUACUGAAAAAUAAUUUGUUACAAAGUCCAGACAUACCUUGGAGAUAUUGUAGGUUCAGUCUCAGACUACCACAAUAAAGUGAGUAUCAAAAUAAACUGAGUCAUAAUCUUUUUGCUGGUGGAGGGUCUUGCCUUCAAUUUGUGAAGAAUGUAACAUCUGUGAAGCACAAUAAAGAGAAAUGCA